UUUUUGUACAAAUCGCCUGGUUAUCAUACAGCCUUAGUACGCGUAUGCAAUCCAGUACAAGUAUGCAGUUCAUUACAAAACAUUCCUUUCCACCCGACAGUCGUCCCUGAAGAUGUCUUGUAGAUAACGAGACAAACCAUUCGUAAAUGUCAAAUGGUUGGGUUUACCGCACGCAAAACACAUGCCUGAUAUCUCUCCCCUUGAUAACACCACUUGUUAAUUGUUCUGACAGACCCUUCUCAUGUCAGGUAUUAGCUUUUGUAACAGGCAGCUUUUGUAUUAGCUGUAGGUAUAGCACUACCUAUAUUUUCUCAUCGUCCGAAUCAGCUGCUAAGGGACCUUCAAGGUGACUUCAGAAGUACUACCUGGUAUUGCAAGCUUCUCUGUGUCGUUAAUUAAUUCGAUACUGCUAUUUUGUCUUCCUGCAAUACGGAUUCUGUUUUCACCAUUGGAUAACUACAACUUAUUCAGAUUUUGUUGAUCCUCGAACAUUUUCGUUGCGAAUUGGUGUGACUCAGCACAUAACUUUUGCUGACCUGUGUCUAUCGGACAUAAACUGACCCAUGUGAGAAAGAAUAUGAUUUUGUAUAGAUUCAGCAGCCGAUAUCACUUGUGUAGUGAUACAGCGUUUAACUUAGGUUCAUCAUGUCGUAAUAGCGACCUCUCGUUAUCAGGAAGGACGCGACGGACGCACUACCACGUGUGAACGGUGAAAUUCCCUAUACCCGAGACAAAAUACGUACAGAAUGGUACAUAUAACUGUGAUUGGUGCCGGAGUGGUAGGACUAUCGUCAGCGGUCUCUAUCCAGCGGGCCUUUCCAGGGGCGACAGUGAAGGUGGUGGCCGACAAGUUCUAUGACGAAACAACAAGCAUUGGAGCGGGAGGAAUUUUCCUACCUACGUUAAAAAACAUUCCCGGAGUACCUUUCGAAACACUCAAGCGAUGGAGUGAGACGUCUUGGAAAGCUUACUCCCGGAUGGCAACCACCGACCUUGCCAGUACCACUGGGCACACAGUCUCACAUGGAUACCUGUUUCAUACAACCAAGACUGAGAUACCCUUGUAUGCAAAUAUAGUGUUCUCGUUCCGAGAAAUGUUAACCGAGGAACUCACCCGACUUGGAGUUGACACCAGAUUUAAAUAUGGAUAUGAGAUAACAACUAUCAUUACCAACAUGAGGAAAUAUCUGUCCUGGCUGAUGACACAAUUCACAGAGAAUGGUGGUGUAGUAGAGAAAAGGAAAAUAGGAAGUUUGAGUGAAUUGUAUGGUCACUGUGACGUGGUGGUCAACUGUUCUGGUCUUGGCAGUCGCCAGUUAUUUGGGGAUCAGCUGAUAUACCCAGUUCAUGGUCAGCUUAUCAAGGUGGAGGCUCCCUGGGUAAGGGACUGGAUCUAUACAGAUACAAUGGCACAUAUAUUACCAAGCGAUGACUUUACGGUGAUCGGAGGUGUUAAGGAUAAAGACAACUGGUCCAUGACUCCAGAUUCUUCCGUUAGACAGGAUAUUAUGGACAAGUGUCUCCAAGUGUGGCCAGCGUUAAAGGGCGCAAAGGUAAUUGGGGAUUGGGUCGGCCUGAGACCGAUGAGGAACCCUGUAAGACUUGAGAAGGAGGUCGUUCGACUACCUGAGGGAAUGUUGAAGGUUGUUCAUAACUACGGUCAUGGAUCGAAUGGAAUAGCUCUAAGUUGGGGAACUGCUGUGGAAGCCACUGACAUGGUGAAGGAUCUUAUAUCUACUAUUCCGUCUCCUAAACUCUAAUAUUUUGUUUGUAUUCUUUAAAUUAAAAAUGUUUAUUGUUA